UUUAGUAGUAGACUACAUUUCCAUUGUAAAAUUUCUACUUAAUAAUUUUAUGAAAAAGUGUAAAAAUAGAAAUGUUGGAGCGUCUAAGAAUUUUCCACACAAUUUCGCAAAGCAUUAAACAAAACUCACCAUUCAGACGUACAUCUAGCUCAUCCUCAAGCAAUAAUACAUCUGAGAGUAAUUACGAUUUUAGUAAGAGAUGGGAAGAAGCCAAACCUUUCGAACAGAUACCUGGUGACACCCGGUUAGGUUUAUUAAUGAAAUUUUUACCAGGUGGUAAAUAUAACAAAUUGGAACCGAUUCAGAUGCUUAUGGCUCAUAGAAAAGAUUGGGGCGAUAUCGCAAUUUUUAAAGGUCUUUUAGGCAAAAGUGAUUUUGUCGUUACUCACAACCCUGAAGAUUUUGAAGAGGUUCUACGUAAUGAGGGCGCAUGGCCAAUAAGACCGGGUAUGGACGGCUUACACUAUUAUCGUAGUGUCUGGAGAAAGGAUUUCUAUCAAGGAGUUGAGGGUUUACUAUCCGCGAGAGGUGAAAAAUGGGCUACAUUUCGUAAGAUCGUUAAUCCCGUUUUAAUGCAACCGAAAAAUGUUCAACUGUAUAUGCAGAAGAUGUCACAGGUCAAUAGAGAAUUUAUAGAAAGAAUUCGCGCUAUACGUGAUUCCAGUACUCUCGAAGUUCCCGCCACUUUUGAGGAAGAAAUUAACCGCUGGGCUCUCGAGUCUGUUGCGGUCGUCGCUUUAGACAAACAUUUGGGUUUAAUUAAUGAAAAUCGUAACGAUUCUCGAGCCAAAAAGCUCUUUGUCGCGCUAAAUGAAUUUUUUUCUGCAUCCUACGAACUUGAAUUUAAACCUACAGUAUGGAAAUACGUACAUACACCCACAUUUAAGCGACUAAUACGAGCUCUGGAUUCCUUAAAGGAUGUAACAACGACACUUGUAAGCGAAGCCAUGGAACAGAUUGAAAAGCAAACAAAUACCGAGUCAAGAAAAGAUGAAAAAAGUGUCUUGGAAAAAUUAUUACAAAUCGAUAAAAAAGUUGCUGAGGUGAUGGCCAUGGAUAUGCUGUUAGCCGGCGUGGAUACGACUACAACGACAUUUACCGGCUUGCUGUUGUGUUUAGCUAAAAAUCCCGAUAAACAAAAUAAAUUGCGGCAUGAGGUGAUGCAAGUUUUACCUGAAAAGGAUUCCGAAUUUCAAGAGAAUGCCUUGCAAAACAUACCAUACUUAAGAGCAUGCAUCAAGGAAUCACAACGUAUGUAUCCUUUGGGUGCCGGUGGCGCAAGGAUCAAUCAAAGAGAUGUCGUCUUAAGCGGUUAUCGCGUACCAGCUGGUAAUCAAGUUGCUAUGAUAGCCGAGCUGUUAUAUCGAAAUGAACAUUACUAUGGGAGAGCCAGUGAAUACUUACCUGAACGUUGGCUGCGAUCCGAACAAACGAACGAAAAUGUUAACGCUUUAAAACCGAGCAGUCCAUUCGUGUUUCUACCUUUCGGUUUUGGACCGCGUAGUUGUGUCGGUCGUCGGAUAGCUUCCAUGGAACUUGAAUUGGGUAUCGCACGCCUAAUACGUAAUUUCGAAGUUGAGUUUCAUUACAGCACCAAAAACGCAUUCCGUAAUAUACAAAUUUAUGUACCGAAUAUACCGUUAAAGUUCAAAUUUAUCGAUUGCGAGAAUUAACUAACAGUGAGUUUCUCUCCAAUUGUACUUUUACAUCUCUACGUAAAAAUAUAUCCAUUUUCUUCACCUGUAGCACUUCCAAUCAUUUCAUUUUCCGUCAUAUUCUGCAUUAAAAGCAUUUUUUGUUCUUUCUCUUCUACUCAAUUUUUUAAAUAAUCAGAAUCGAAUGGAUUUUGGGAUUUGAAAACGUACUUAAGUACAUUUUUUUCUAUCUCAAUUUUUUCUCUACUGGUUUUGUAAAGUUUUGUAUUUUAACGUCAAAAAUUUUCAAUUCCCCUUUCAUGAAAAGCGAAAACGCACUUAUAGUAUGAUAUUGUAUUUUGUGUAUUAUUGUGUUAUUACGGUAAUGGGUGUGUGAUAAAAUUUUACUGGACUAUGGAACCAAGCCUCUAUUGACUUAAAUUAUUUUUCAUAAAGAUAAUAUAAUAUAGUUGCUUUCUGAAAGUAUUUUGUACAAGUUCGAUUUAAAAUUCUUUGUCCUUUUAAUAGUUAAUGUCAUGUGAAAGCGCGGGAAGCGCAUAAUUAUCUUAUUUCAAUCGUUGCUGAGAAAAAGAGUAUAUAUAUUAUGGAAGCCUUUUGCAAAUUUUUUUCUGACAAUAAAACAUGUGAGAUUAGUGUUGUAAAAUGGAAAGUUAAGUGGUUUUAUUUUUAGCGGUUGUCUGACUUGCUAUAAGAUGAAUGUGUAGGAGGCAAUGUGAUAUAAAGAUAUGUUAAAUUUGUUUAAUCUUCUCACUAUUACACUCAAUCGUUUUAUUUUUCCUAGUUUCUGUACAAUUGCAUGCUACUGGGACAGAGAGGUAACGAAACGUAAACGUGAAUUCUAUUUUUUUUUGAGCUGAUAAUCGAAUUGAGCUUUUGAAGCAGAUAAUCGGCAUUCAAGAACUUAAAGUUAGUGUUACAAAUUUUUACGACCACUCGCCAUAUACAGUUUCUAUAGAAAGGAUUUUCGGUUUGAAUUUUAUUCCUACUUUAUUCCUGUCCUUUCCUUACCUGAACAGAUUUUUAUUCUUCUUUCUCUAAUCAUCGAUGAAAUGAACGAUGACGCUUUACUUUACUAAUAAUAUUUAAUCGACAUCCAAGUUUAUUAUCUAACGUGUAUAUGCUACAACUUUAUAUACUACAAUAACAUAAGACUUAACUUAGAUUGCAUUAUCUCCUUCUAUUCUAUUACAUGUAGGUUCAGAUUAUGGGUGGUUAAUCCUAUAUUACGAUUUCCAGGGGUAUUUUUUUAGCGAAUAAUAUAUUAUAACUUCAGUGGCCAUUUGAACAUGCGAAGGCGGUUCCGAUCUGGAAGAGCAACCACGACUUUUUUUAAACCCCUGCUUUACUAAUUAGCGUUACUGAACGGUUUUAUAAUUCUAUUCAAAAGUCGCUGUUGCCAAAUCUCCUUAUCUGGGUUACUCGCACACUACAAAUGAUAAAUAUCUAAUUGAUACCCUUACAAGUAAAUGUGGGAUCAAAACGAAAUAAUGAAUCGAUUGAAUAAUUGGUUUUUCAGGUGUUUUGGGAGCCCAUAUAGAAGGUUUCAUGUCGCAACAAAUUGUUGUAUUUUACAAUGAAACUUCAUCAAGACUAGUGACGGAACAGAUAACCAAAUAUAAACAAAUUUCGUCUAUUCGUUAAUUCUCUUUCUAUGUAAGCUUUUCAAUGGUACGCAACAGUAUUUUAACCUAUUCAAUCGUUGUUUUUACUCUGCCAUAAUGUAUCAUCCCGUCUUUUCUUUCAUUUUUAAAAGUAAAAUGUGUAAAAUGCAGGGCCAAAAGUAGUAUGCCUUUUCUUAUCGAACUUACCUAAAAGUUCAAAAGUAGUGAAUAGAACUUUAUAGUCGAACAAGACUAGCCAUUAAAUAUCCUACACCACUUCAUCC